AUGACUUCUUCAUUUGAACCUUCACUCUCGACAAGUGGUAUGCGACCACCGCUUGCCUCGGCAGAUGCACCAUCAAUGGCAGACUCAUUGCCUAGCAUCAACUUUGGAUUCGAGGACCUGCGCAAUACCAUGACACAAUUCACAGUAAAGUUUGACGCGUUUAUCGAGCGCGGUCGCAAACGAGUCUUGGAGGAACGAAACCAGUUUCACAUUAACCUGGCUGAAUAUGAAGAGGAUGAGCGCAUGCGACAACGUGAUAUCGAAAUUCUCAACCUCAAAUCACAAACCCACGAACAAACCCUCCAAAAGGAAGCGGCCGAGGCUGCUGAAAUGCACGCAGCUAUAUCAUCUAUCACCUUGGAACGCGAUUCCCGGCUUGCCAAACGUGACCGUUUAAAGCAGCAGAUCGCCGAGACACAGAAGGCCAUCAGUCAAAAGGUCGAGGCACAGAAGUCUCACGCACAACAUUUAGAUGCGCAAGCUCGUCUCAAUUUUCCAGAGUUGGAGUUUUGGCAGGAUUACCUUUGUAUUCGAAUUGAAGGCGCUGGACGUGAGGACCGGUUAAAAUUUGUCUACAGCCAUCUAUUGGAGAAGGACUGGGAGGCGGAGGCUUGGUUUGAACUGGGCACCGCCAGUCGCGAUUACGAGGUUUUUCAUACGCGCCCCAAGGUUGACCGAGAUAGCUUGGAGCAUGUGGUAGAUCUCGUCAACGAUGACCGAGAUUUUGGGGCGUUCCUGAAGCGGAUGCGUAAGUUGUUUGUUGAGGCAAUGAACUAA